CAGAACAAGCUCAGUCAAGUCACAUGACUGAACAGGACUGGCAGUAUGUGGUGCAAGCUGGGAGAAGGAAGCACUUUACAUGGGAGACUGUUGGAAGUGUGAGGAGUUUGUUGGAGCAUCCGUUUGUGACCUGAGGCAGGAGAGCGUGAAUGGGAAGCUGUGUGCCAGCAUAGGAUGCUCAGCUUGGCUGCCUUGACUGGAGUCCAGCCAUCUGCCCCGCUGGGACACCAGGAACUGGUCCACAAGGCACUGCUGCUGCUGGCUGGAAUUCCAUCAGACAUUUUCCGAUACGAUCCAGUGCCACGAACAUUCAGCAUCCAGGAGCGUGCACGGCUCAAAGGCACUUCAUCCGAAGCCCUUUCUGCAUCACUGAGCAACUUUCUGGAAUGCGGCAGAGACAUCCGCUUUCUAGAAGACCUAACUUCCAGCAAUGCAAAGCCUGGCCUGACAUGGCAGGCCUUCGUUGGUGCUCUGAAGCACUUCCUGCACUAUUUCCACGGCUGCCUGAUGCCUUUGGAAGGUCGCGCUGACACGCUCACUAUCCUUCAACUGACUCGCAUUGUGAGCACUCUUUGCAACAACGUCAGAUGCAUCGCAGACAUUUGCCGCAGUGCACUUGAGCUCCAGAGGGUCGCUUCACCAAGACAGCAGAGUAUGCUGCUCUUGCGCCACUUGUGUCAAUGUGCAAGGAGCUGCUGGGGUCAGGAGGCAUUGUCUCUUGUGGCCUUCCUUCUUCGGCGAAGCUGCCAGCCUUACUUCAGGUUUCUGGAGGAGUGGCUGUACAAUGGGUGUUGCAACGACCCCUACGAAGAAUUUCCCUUUGUAAUACAUAAGCAGGACGUGGAGAUGCGAGAUGAACGCUUCUGGGAGAAAGGAUUCCAGUAUGUGGCCUCUGAGGCUCCAUUCCUGGCCCCUUUCAUGCAGCAUGUCUUCACCAGUGCCAAGAGUGCCAUGCUGCUCAAAGUCUGCAAGCCUCAGAGUGGCCUCUUGUGGAGCAAGCAGCUGCGGCCCAAGUUGAAGCUGUCCUUCAACAGCUGGCAACUGGCCCAGGCUAUGGAACUGUCUGAGCACUACAGCCGUCUCAUGGAGUCUGAACUGCAGCUGCCUCCACUGCCUGAGUUUCGCCUGGGGCUUGAUCCGCACGUCCACAUCCCAGAAGAGUGGAUAGAAGCUCAAAAGGAGCUAGUCGAUAGGCAGGGUCGCCUGCUGCAUUCGGUUCCUCGGUCGCCAAGCUCUGCUUCCAUGUGUCUGAUGGCCAGCAGUCAGAGCGCUCCUCUGCCUUUUCAGGCAGCUGCUGCAGCAGAGAGCCACGAAGCCUUGCUCUAUUCAGUUAUGACUGGAACGCACAUGAAAGUGAGCGGCUGCAUUGCCACAGAAACUGGGCAAUCCAACCACAACCUGGGGCUCUUCUGUGAAACAGCGGGGACAUACAGUCGCAGUGCGCAGCGGAACCUCUUUGGUCAUGCCUCAGACUCCCAACUUGGUGACAUCCUCUACCCUAAGAAAAGCAAAGGAACGCUAUACACAACAGUGAAGAAUGCUGAAAAUAGCAAAGUUGUUACAGAUAAUCCAACCAUAUCAAGUCCUAUCAGUAGUGAAGCUGAGACUGGGGAAGCAUCAAUGCCAAGCAAACGUCGUGCGAAGACGUGCUCGCUUGAAAAAGACAGUUGGGGAAGCGAAGGGCUGCUUCACCAGUCGUGCGGUGACAGUACGGGCUUGCUGCUGUCGAAGCCCAUGGAGAACGAGCCACAGGGCACCCAACACGGCGGUGGGGAUACCAGCCUGUUGCCUGCCGACACAACUGACAGUCUUUCUCCUCGAGAAUGACAGCUGAACCUGGGGCGUUGUCCAGGCUGGCAUUCUUCUCACACACCACCGGUGAAUGCAGUGCUGAUGGUGGACUCCCACUGGACAUAACCAUCAAGCGGUCCCUACUUCCUCCAUUGAUCUCACAGAUGAGGCUGCUGAACCGGGUGACCGUGUCCUACCUGUUGACCGAGUUACGGCUGUACGACCACCUAGAAGCGCUCACCAACUACUACUGCUUCCAGGAUGGCGAGUUUGGACAGGCACUGUGUGAUGCCAUAUGUCUCAAGCUCAAACUACCGGCGGUGGAGUUGUUCAACUCAAAGACACUCAACUGGAUUCUCUCGCAAGCCUUGAGCUCGUCCCUGCGAGGAGAGUGCCCUGAGGCCAGGAACCUGCGCUUGGACGCAUGUCCUCUUGCCGUCUCUCCUGGCCAGAACAUGCUGAGCUGCCUUUCAAUGAGCUACAAGGUGGACUGGCCGCUUAGCGUGGUGAUAAACAGGGCAUCCCUGCUGCGCUACAACAAGAUAUUCCGCUUCCUCCUUGGCUUGAGACGAGCUUUGUGGGCACUGUCAGACAUCUGGAGCCAUCUCGAGCCUUCUGCACUUCCCAGGAAGCCAGACUCAUCACUGGAAUUUAGGCAGCUCCAGGUGAUGAGGCACGAGAUGCUACACUUUGUACAAAUGGUCCAGUCGUACGUGGGCAGCCAAGUCAUGCAGGCAUCACUUGCAGAGCUACGUACCGAACUCAACAGGAAGGCACAGUCUGUUGACGACCUCCGCAAUGCCCACUUA